UCAUCCUGUUUGGAAAUUGUUAGCCAACCUUUGCUUUUUUGACUUUUGUGGCCAUCUUCCGAUCUCCCGCGAUGGCCAGAUAUCCGCCGCACCACAACGACAGGUCGAGCCGAUUUUAAAAAUGUGAAGCCCACCGUCGAUUUCGUUAUCGUAUGCAUAAUCUGCUGGUGUUGUGAUGACGAAUGAUGUACCUUCCAAAAUCCUAAUGGCCGUAUUUGGCGGGAUUUCCUCUCCCCCUUGAUCCUCCCGGGAUUGUGUAUGUUGUGGAGAAUUUUCCAGAGAGUCUUCUGCUUUCCUUGCUGCAGACAUGGUGCUCAAAUUCAGUGAGGCGCGACGGCGUAUGUCGCGCAGCUCCGUGCCUAUGCAGGCCUUACUUCGCCAAUCUCAACGCUCCACCCUGGUCCGCACCCUGGUCCUCUUCGCCGUGGGUGUCGUCUUCGCGCUGGUGCUCAAUCUCCUGCAGGUGCAGCGUAAAGUGACGCUGUUCCCCCCGGAAGUGCUGGCCAGCAUCUUCUCCUCGGCGUGGUGGGUGCCGCCGUGUUGUGGCGCCGCAGCCGCAUUUAUCGGGUGGAUUUAUCCGUGUGUGGAUGAGAAGUUGGGACGGCCGCACAUGUUUAAACGCGAAUGGUCCAGCGUGAUGCGCUGUAUCGCCGUGUUUGUGGGGAUCAACCACGCCAGCGCGAAAAUUGUGUUUGCCAAUAAUCUGCAGUUGUCGAUAACGCUGGGCGCCCUGUCCAUCGGGCUGUGGUGGCUGUUCGACCGGUCGCGCAGCGGCCUGGGCCUCGGCCUGGCCAUCGCCGUGCUGGCCACCUUCGUCACGCAGAUCCUCGUCUACAGCGAAAUCUUCCAAUACUCGGAGCCGGAUUUCCUGUACAUCCGGUCGUGGGUGCCGUGCAUCUUCUUCGCCGGCGGCAUCACGAUGGGCAGUCUGGGCCGGCAGUUGGCCUUCCAGGACGACGGGGAUGCCGACGAGUCGGAGGGUCUGAAGCUGCACAAAGACUGACCGAAUAUUCGCCGGGAUUCACGCGAUUCUCGUCUGCACAACGACAAUAAUAUUAUUGAAUAUUUUGUUUCACAUUAUUGCUCUUCUCCUCCGACAUCGUCUUCUCAACGGCUUCCUUUUCUACUGCAUAUUCUCUGUACGAUAUUUCUAAUAACAUAGCCAAAAUAAAAGUUUGUUCGUGUUA